GGAAGUGGCGCGGGCGCCUGCUCAGUGCGCGCCGGCCAGGCAACUCUGUGCUGGCGUAAUCGGGUUCCUCCGGGCCGCCGUAGGACUGGUUCCGGCGGGCUAGUGAGGAAUGGAGCCGGUGGGCAGCAGCGGCGACUGCUGCGGCUCCUCCUCCGUAGACCCACGGAGCACCUUCGUGUUGAGUAACCUGGCGGAGGUGGUGGAGCGUGUGCUCACCUUCCUGCCCGCCAAGGCGUUGCUGCGGGUGGCCUGCGUGUGCCGCUUAUGGAGGGAGUGUGUGCGCAGAGUGUUGCGGACCCAUCGGAGCGUAACCUGGAUCUCCGCAGGCCUGGCCGAGGCCGGCCACCUGGAGAGGCAUUGCUUGGUUCGCGUAGUAGCAGAGGAGCUUGAGAAUGUUCGCAUCUUACCACAUACAGUUCUUUACAUGGCUGAUUCAGAAACUUUCAUUAGUCUGGAAGAGUGUCGUGGCCAUAAGAGAGCAAGGAAAAGAACUAGUAUGGAAACAGCACUUGCCCUUGAGAAGCUAUUCCCCAAACAAUGCCAGGUCCUUGGGAUUGUGACCCCAGGAAUUGUAGUGACUCCAAUGGGAUCAGGUAGCAAUCGACCUCAGGAAAUAGAAAUUGGAGAAUCUGGUUUUGCUUUAUUAUUCCCUCAAAUUGAAGGAAUAAAAAUACAACCCUUUCAUUUUAUUAAGGAUCCAAAGAAUUUAACAUUAGAAAGACAUCAGCUCACUGAAGUAGGUCUUUUAGAUAACCCUGAACUUCGUGUGGUUCUUGUCUUUGGUUAUAAUUGCUGUAAGGUGGGAGCCAGUAAUUAUCUGCAGCAAGUAGUCAGCACUUUCAGUGAUAUGAAUAUCAUCUUGGCUGGAGGCCAGGUGGACAACCUGUCAUCACUGACUUCUGAAAAGAACCCUCUGGAUAUUGAUGCCGCAGGUGUGGUUGGACUGUCAUUUAGUGGACACCGAAUCCAGAGUGCCACUGUGCUCCUCAACGAGGACGUCAGUGAUGAGAAGACUGCCGAGGCUGCAAUGCAGCGCCUCAAAGCGGCCAACAUUCCAGAGCAGAACACCAUUGGCUUCAUGUUUGCAUGCGUUGGCAGGGGCUUUCAGUAUUACAGAGCCAAGGGGAAUGUUGAGGCUGAUGCGUUCAGAAAGUUUUUUCCUAGUGUUCCCCUAUUCGGCUUCUUUGGAAAUGGAGAAAUUGGGUGUGAUCGGAUAGUCACUGGGAACUUUAUAUUGAGGAAAUGUAAUGAGGUAAAAGAUGAUGAUCUGUUUCAUAGCUAUACAACAAUAAUGGCACUCAUACAUCUGGGGUCAUCUAAAUAAUAAUUAAAGUGGCUUUCAUAAUAU